CUUUUUCGGGAGGAGAAGAAACGAGAAGAGGGAAGCUGAGCUGUGACGGACAUGGGGUGCAACACCAGCAAGGACAACUUCCAGCCAGCGGUGGACGAGGCGAAGGAGGAUUCCGUGAAGAACGGGGAUAUCUCGAAGGCAGCGGAAGACGCUUCUGACAAGGAGAAGGACACAGAGGACGGAAAGGAGAAAGAGGCCGCGGCCACAAAGAUACAGGCGGUCUUUCGUGGACACUGCGCCAGGAAAAGUCUGAGACAACCGUCGAAAACAGCGGAGCCGAGUGAAGAGCCGGAGACCGAAGAGACCGAGGAGCUUUCUACGAAAGAGCAGCUCCAGGAGGAAUUUCCUCUCGACGACCAGGAGCUUUUCAACGCGGCGACUAAAAUACAAGCGACUUUCCGGGACCACAUGUCGAGGAAGGAGCAAGCCGCGUCCGCUGCCGCCAAGUCGGCGAUGAACAUGGUCGGCAGCGCAGCCGCUAAGAUAGAGGAGAAGAUGCAGGACGCCGUACACGAAUUAGAGGGGAUCGACUUGGCCGAUCCGGACUUGCAUAAGGCGGCGACUAAGAUACAAGCGAGUUUCCGCGGUCACAAGGUCCGUCAGGAGGUCAGCAUGCAUUGUACUGCCGACGAGUCAAAAAAAUAAGUCGCGCUUACGCGCAAACGCCAGGAAUGCCGGGGGAUAGAUUAUUAUUAUUAACUUAUUAAAAAGCCAGUGCCAUUCCUAACAGCCCCCGCUUCCCCCUCCUCACAAUUACCACCCUAUAACCACCACCCCCAAUCCUAUCCUCUUUUUCUUGUACAUUUAUUAUGAUGCAGCAAUCGCGAAUUGAUGAGUCGUGUGCGUGAAACGUACGAGGCAUUCCUCGUGAAAUGAAGUCCUUGAGACAAUUUCCCGAUUUCCCGUUAGCUCACCGAGCCGAGCCGAGCCGAGCCGAGCCGAGCCGAGUCGCACGUUGUAAACAACGAUACCGUUUAUUUUACGUUCAUCGCGACAAUUAACACAGCCUUCGCCCGGGACCAGCGAGACUUGCGCGACCGUAAGCUUAUUAUAUGUACUUUGGCUAGAAACGAAGAUUUCUUCUCAACGAGGCAUAUACAAGCUGAUGCACUUUUCAAUGGCAACACCGAAAUGUUUCUAUUAUUUACGGACAAUAUUUACGGACAAGGAAAAUUUUGCACCGAACAAACACGUUUGCAUCGCGCGUGGAGAGGAGAAUACGGUGACAAGUGGAGGAAAAGAAGCACACUCUGUUCCUCUCGAGUCGAGCUCUUUUAGAUCGACAGAUUAAUUUUUAAUCGAGCCAUCGUUGCGUAUUUUCGCAGCUACCUGCAUUUCUCAUGGGUUACGACAGAGACAGACGAGUGCAUUUUUUAAAAGGCUUUUAUGUGCGCACGCGCGCGCGUCGACAGUGUCGCGAUAUGAAUCAUACGCAUAAAGUGCGAUAAUAGGAAAAAAAUAUAAAGAUGUAAAAAUGAGAAGAAACGGUCUUUGCGAGUAUGAUUCAGUAUGAUGCGAAAUGUGCUUCGCAAAACCAGAGAGAGAGAGAGAGAGAGAGAGAGAGAGAGAGAGAUAAGGAGUAACGAGAACGCAAACUUUCCUCGCGUCCUGAUCUUCAAAAUUCGGAAGAGUCACGAGUGAUAGGAUAGAAUUUUUAAGUUUUACGCACGAUGUAAAAAAAAGGAAGAAAAGAAAAAAGAAAAAAAAGAAAAGGGAAAAAGAGCAUCAAGAAACGCGUAUCAAUUAUAAAACGCACGAAUACGUACAAGUUCCUGUAUACGUAAUCGAAAUAAACGGUAUGGUUGUGGCGCCUCCAAUUUUAAAACUUACAAACGACGACGACGAGAGAGAGAGAGAGAGAGAGAGAGAGAGGCGAAACGCGCGCGAUGACCAACCGUGCAUUUUUGGCAACUUUCCAACUGCACUCUCUCGCAAUAAUAAUUUUUCUCUGCGCUAUUUCUCCCUCCAAAGUUUGAUGUAUAUAUAUUUCAUUUUUUGUUUCACCUUAAAUGCGGAAAAUAUAAAAAUGUGUCUUCGGGAAGAAAGUAUUGACAAUGUAAAGACAAUGAGACUUAAGAGCAAAACAAGACUAUUGGAGACUAUUCCUCGAUCGUCACGGUAUUCAAUCUGUUCGCUUCAGAAAAAGAUUGUGUGUGAGUCCAAAACGAUACUUUUUCGUAUACCUGUCAAAUAUAUAUACAUGUAUACAUACAUACAUAUAUAUAUAUAUAUAUAUAUAGAAAAAGAGAGACUACGAAGCAAUUCCACAUUUUCAGAUAAUUUUUCCAAACAUUGGGUAACGUAUGGCAUCUUUUACUUGUGUGUACUUGCGCUACAAAUACCGUAAAACCUCUAUUUAACGAAUAUAGCAAAUUUUUUUGGAAACUUUGAAGGCAAAAAUUGUCGAGGUUAUACUAUUAUAUCCAUAGAAAAGUAGAUGACAAUCUAUGGAACUCCCUACUAACUAAUGUUCUCUUCGAUGUUAACUCGAUAUCGCUCGAACGAUUUUCGCAGAUGCUUCUCACGCGUUAAUAUAUCAAAGGCACCUAAAAAGAUAAUGCGCUUAAAAAAACAGCAUGUGCGAUUCGUGCGACCUAUUCGCUCGAUAAUGCGAGCGGUUAAAUCAACCAUUAAAUAGAGGUUACCCUACUAAAAGCGUGACGUAUUAUAAAAUGCAGGAUUCGCGCGGCUGCUUGAGAGAAAAUUUAAGAGUACGUCGAGUACGUUCCUUCUUUUCGAGCCAUCUUUUCGAGCUCGCUGGCUCAACAUUUUACGCUUUGGUGUACACCAAAGUUGUAAAGCGCAAAAACUUUGCGUUUCGAUCCUUAUAGUCACCUUCGACUACUUGUUUCGCGCGACGAAGGAGAGGAGGAAUUCCCUUUCGAAUCGAUCGCUAGCUAAGCAACUUUUCAACUUUGCGUUUCAAUAAUUUGUUAACCUCCGUUAACUUUGUGUCGAGUGGGCGAUCUAGCCUGUAACCUCGAGAGGAAAUUUAUUUUGUCAGGCCUAAAGCAUUCGUUUUCGUUGUACUUUCGCUCGCGCGUAUUGAUCACCUCUCUCGUGUGUGCGAACGCGGCAACGAGCGCGAUCGGUAAGAACGCGAUUCGGAAUGAGUAACACGCGCAGGGCAGCAAACCGAUACGAUCUUGCAACUGGAUCAUCACUCCAACUAUAAACUGUACGCUCUUCAAUGCCAGCUUUACUCGUCCACGAAGCAGGGUACUGCGAAUUGAUUAUUUUUACUUUUUCACGUUUGUCCACCGAGAUUUUCUACCGAGAUGCGAUACCGAGCGGAUAUUACUUUCGUCUUUUGCAAUAGCGCAAUUUGUAUGUACCGAUGAUAGGAAUCGGGAGAAGAUAUCCGCGCGCAUUUGCGAGCAUUUUGCGCGAGACAUUUUCCGCGUAUGUGUGAAUGUGUGUGUGUGUGAGUGAGUGUGUGUGUGUGUGUGUGUGUGUGUGUGGUGUGCAUGUACGUGCGUGUGUGUGUUGUGUUACAACACGUUUAACAUUGCGGUUGCGAACGAUAACUGUACGUACCAAUCGUGACGAAAUUUCUUUAAAAGUAGCUUAAUGCUGCUUAAACCUGCUCUGAACGCGAGAACGAAUGUUCGCCGGUGACGGUGACGAUCUUCUCCAUCGUUUUAUUUUGCACGUAACAUCUACCGCGCGAUUUACCGUCGAUUGCGAUUUUGCGGUACGUGCAGCUAUUGUUACGUAACAGCCAACAAGAUAUAUAGGGGAUAUAGUUGAACGUAUUACUCAACCUCCAAUAAUUUCAAUUUCAAAUCCGAUACUUUGUUUUUUAGAGUUCCCGGCUUCCCAGUUCCCCCGAGUAUUUCACAUUCCCGAGUCAAUUUCUAACAAUUCCCCCGAAUUUCCAAUUCACAACGGUUGUGGUUUUCGAUUUCUAGUGGAAAGGAUUGCUGGACACAGCAAGUCCCCCUCUUUUUCCUUUUACCGCAAUUACAUUCACAUUCACGGUCUUUACAUUUACGGUUAUUAAUUCUUGAUCACUAUAAACGAACGUUGUGUUUUAAAUCACACACGAUUACACACUCUACUCAUAGGUUGUCUACGAUUGUCGCUUGUAGAAAAUUAAAACGAAGCUUUGUGGCUAUCGUCGAAAAUGAUCUAUCAUCGAGAGUAACGUUAUAUAUAGUUCAUCAGUCAUCGGGACGACUGACGUGGAUGAAUAAUAUUUGUUGAUGUCGUAUUAACAUAGGAGCGGAACGUUGCGACGAAUAAUAGACAUUUUUGUCGAUAUCUGUUACUUUGUCACGUAUAAAUAGUUUAGUGAUGCACACACACAAAUUGUGGUGAAAUAUAUUGUAAGGAUGUAAUAAAACAACCGUACCAUACCGA